CAUCACAUUGCUACAGAGAGUUGGCACGUUGGGCUGGCCCCCUGCUAGUAUUUUAUGUCCACAGCAGUGCCUUCGCAAGUUUUGUUGCAAGGACUUGAGAGAUUGUUUACUGGCUAUAAUACACUCUUAAAUAGACACUUUUGGUAUAGAACGUACUUGAAGUUAGCAGGUGGCCAGCCCGACGUGCCAACCCUCCGUACAACACUGUCACACCCACGACAUCAAAUAUGGAGACACUGUAGUCGGGUCGUACUGCCACAUUACAUAUAUCUAGACGAGGUCUGCCCAUCUUGGAGGGCCGAACGAGUCAACACAAUUCAUCAGAUCUUUGAAAUACCAUCUCACACCAGCCCACCAAAGUCAGCUCAGCCGCAAGCCAAGUUUCAGCCUUGGAAAGCCUUCAUCAAGAUUGGCGAAACCAGUAUUGCAAAGAACAGCCCAACUUCUGCAGAAGGAUCUGAAGUACGCAUUCUUGCUGAGCUGGACGACAAAGAUCUCGGCGGCUAGUUGUAUGAGAAUGCAAGACGAUAUCGAACGGUCUUUGGGGUCGUACAAGAACUUUCCUGUGGCCUAAAGAGCUCUCAAUCCUUGGAGGUAUAUUUAAAGGACCACAUGCUAUUAGUCUUUGAAAAUGCAUUAUAUAUU